AUGGGAUAUAAAGAAAGAGGAGAAAGGAAUUAGAAUGUGCUACGAAAGAAGAAAACGUGGCUAAGUCUUGUUCACUCCUUCAACUUCCAACGGUUUCGGAGUCUACUACGGACCUUACCAACUCCAUAAUUCCCCCAUUAAUAUGGAAGCUGCAACUCUCCAGCUUCGAAUCCACAUCUCCAUUGGAACACUCGCAAUGUUUCUUCUCAAGGCAUGGAGACUAUCAGCUUUUGGGGUCUAUGGCUACCUCAACUUCACCAAAUCUGCAUUCAUUGAACAUUCUAAGAUGUUCAAACCAGAGGAUAUGCAAACGAACAUUGAAGGGAAAAAUUGCAUUGUUACCGGGGCGAAUUCCGGGAUUGGAUAUGCAACUGCAGAGGGUUUAGCAUCACGUGGAGCUACUGUCUACAUGAUAUGCCGCAGCAAGGAAAGAGGAGAAGCUGCUCUUUCCGAGAUAAAGUCUAAAACAGGAAACCAAAAUGUUCAUUUGGAGGUCUGUGAUCUUUCCUCAAUCAGGGACAUUAAGUCAUUUUCCUCAAAUUUUAUUUCAAAGAAUGUCCCAGUCCACGUUCUGGUUAACAAUGCUGGAUUGCUUGAGAAAAAUCGGAUUACGACGUCUGAAGGGUUCGAAUUGAACUUUGCUGUGAAUGUUUUAGGCACUUAUGCAAUGACUGAAUCAUUGUUGCCAUUGCUGGAGAAAGCUGCACCUGAUGCAAAGGUCAUCACAGUUUCUUCUGGUGGAAUGUAUUCAGUUCCCUUAACCGAUGAUCUGCAGUUUAGUGAAGACCAAUUUGAUGGGGCCAUACAGUAUGCACUUAACAAACGAGUUCAGGUGGCUUUAACAGAGAAAUGGGCAGAGAUGUACUCUAAAAAAGGGAUUGGAUUCUACUCGAUGCACCCCGGUUGGGCCGAAACACCCGGAGUGACUAAAUCUUUACCGAGUUUCUCUAAAUCUCUCUCGGGGAAGCUAAGAACGAGCGAGGAAGGGGCCGAUACGAUUAUUUGGUUGGCUUUACAGCCAAAAGAGAAGUUGGUACCUGGAGCAUUCUACUUUGAUAGAAGGGUAGCACCAAAGCAUUUAGCUUUUGCCGCUACGCAGUCUUCUCAUACAGCAAUGGGCUCUAUAUAUGAUCAUCUUCGUUCUUUGUCUGGCUUGGCUCAAUAAUCUAAACGAGUUGAGAAAACACACUUAGUUAAUAUUGUAGUAUUUGUUGUAUCGUAUGUUAUUGACUAGAAGAUAACUCAGGAAACACAUAAACAACACAGAAAAAACAUCUGACUUUGUUAACCUAGUUUGAUGACACAACAUUUACAUUGGAAGGUCCUUGACCCAUGAUAAUAGAUAAUAUAUUGUUUUGUGUAA